AUGGCGGAUGUCGAUUUACGCCAGGAAAUUCUCCAGAGAACCCUCCAGGAGGUAGUGCACGAGGAGGAGAGCAUGGCCAAUCCUUGCGUCAUCUGCUUAGACACUGUCACCGAGCCCUGCGUUGCGGUGCCAUGCCGCCACGCCAACUUUGAUUUCCUGUGCCUCGUCAGUUGGCUCGAGCAGCAGCCUAACUGUCCGCUAUGUAAGAGUGACUUGACGGGCGUGCAAUAUGAUCUCCAAGCGCCCCAAGGUCCCAAGCUAUACAAACUACCACCCAAGAGCGCGAAGCCUCCCUCAACAGACCCAACUGCCGCUCGAGUGCGUCCUGAUUUUCGGCGCCGUCCACGGCGACCCCCUCCCCACGCGCGGUCGCCACAGCCCGAAGACCUUCUUUUGCGACGGCGCAAUGUCUAUCGCAACCAACUAUACUCUCUCCGAGUCGGGUCAAACCGCCUAUCCCAAUACAGGGAGCUGACACCAGAGCUUUUUAACCGCGACGAGGAACUGGUCUCGCGUGCUCGAAAAUGGAUUCGCCGCGAGCUGCGGGUCUUUAGCUUCUUAAACCCGGAGCCCGAGGAAGAAGAACAACCCCGACACCUGCUUACUCGCCCAGGUCCCCAAAGAUUGGAGAACCGUAGGGCAAACAAUGCCGAGUUCUUGCUCGAAUACGUGAUUGCUAUUCUACGCACAGUCGAUAUCAAAGGCAGUGCAGGACAAGCAGAGGAACUACUAAGGGAUUUCAUCGGACGCGAAAAUUCCCGCUUGUUUCUUCAUGAGCUGCAGGCGUGGCUGAGAAGCCCUUAUACAUCCCUAGAGGACUGGGACCGGCAUGUUCAGUAUCCGGGUGCUGCAGCGAACACGCCCGGUAGACUACCUGAAGCUCCCGCGGGCUUUGGCCGGACACCAGCGUCCCCUGUUCGCCGCGAUAGACCUCGCUCAGCCCGAAGGACUCCAUAUCGGUCUAGAUCUCAAGAAUCUGCCGCUCGUCAUAGACGAUUGCAAUAUGCGCGAGACCGCUAUAUCCCCGAUUGA